UGUAACUGCAAUUUUCUGCGCGAAAUACAAAGCGACACACCUUUUAUUUGGGCGCCUUGUUUAGUUUCAGUUCACAUGAAGCUCCUCGUAGACGUAGAUCCGUGAUCUACCCUCCUCAGUCAGCAGACUCCUGUCUUUGUUUUCAGGUGGCGAACUCUCCCGGUUCUGGAUGGACUACGGGAAAGAGAGAGUGGUGGCGUUAGUCGACAUGGACUGUUUUUACGUCCAGGUAGAGCAGCGUCUGAAUCCAGCUCUGAAAAACACUUCUUGCGUGGUGGCUCAGUACAAGACGUGGAAAGGAGGCGGUAUCAUAGCGGUGAGUUACGAGGCGAGGGCCCACGGUGUCACCAGGAACAUGUGGGUGGAUGAUGCAAAAAAGCUGUGCCCAGAUCUCCAGGUGGCCAGAGUGCGCGAGUCUCACGGGAAGGCAGAUCUAACUCAUUACAGAGAGGCGAGUGUGGAAGUGAUUGAGGUGAUGUCUCGUUUUGCCGUGAUUGAGAGGGCCAGCAUCGAUGAGGCCUACAUGGAUCUGACGGCAGCCGUUCAGCAGCGGUGCAAAAACAUAGCCGAUCAACCGAUCGACCAACGACUUCUCAGGACUACUCACAUUCAAGGCUAUCCAUUCCCGGAUAACGAUUCUAACCAAGUUGAUGAUUCAGCUUUGGAUAAAGAACAGAGAAGAUCCAGAGGAGUCCAGCAGUGGUUGGAGUCCUUACCUGUCCCAACCGUGGGAGAGCAGAACUCUGCAGAGCUGCAGCUAACCGUCGGUGCGCUCAUUGUUGAAGAAAUGAGAGCAGCUGUAGAAAAACACACAAGCUUCCGCUGCUCAGCAGGGAUAUCGCACAACAAGGUGCUGGCUAAACUGGCCUGCGGUCUGAACAAACCUAACAGACAAACUGUGCUACCUUUGGACUCUGUGACUGAACUGUUUAGCACUCUGCCAAUCAGUAAGAUUCGUAACCUUGGGGGCAAAAUGGGUGCAUCGAUAACAGGAACUCUGGGGGUUGAGAACAUGGGAGAUCUCACUCGGUUCUCUCAGACACAGCUGGCGCAGCACUUUGGAGAAAAAACAGGCCAUUGGCUGUAUGACUUGUGUCGGGGGAUUGAGUUUGAAGCUGUGAAACCCAGGCAGCUUCCCAAAUCCAUUGGCUGCAGCAAGAACUUCCCCGGGAAAACGUCACUGGCCACAAAACAGCAGGUGCAGUACUGGCUUCAUCAGCUGGCCCUUGAGCUGGAGGAGAGGUUGACCAAAGACAGAGAAGUGAACGGUCGAGUGGCAAAGUUGUUGACGGUCGGAGUGCGUCAGCUUGGUGACAAGAGGCAGAGCAGCUUCUCUCGAUGCUGCGCCUUGGUGCGCUACGAGGCGACCAAAAUAUCCAGUGACAGCUUUGCCAUUAUCAAGAGUCUCAACACAGCAGGAAACCAGCAAGCCGCCUGGACUCCGCCUCUGACUCUGCUACACCUCUCAGCCAGCAAAUUCAGCGACGCUCCGUCCACAGGGGGAAUCGCUGGCUUCCUGUCCAAUGAUCCCUCUUCUACUCAGAGCUCCUUCUCUGUGACUCGGACCCCAUCCAGUACACAGUCAGACUUAAAAAGUGUGUCUCCAUGCCGUCCUCCCGGAACUAUACAGUCCUUCUUUCAAAAAGCAUCUGGGAAACAAAAACAAAUCAGAAAGGAUAAAGAGGAGGAAGAUGACUGUGGAAGCUCAAAAGAAGUCUCUUCAUCUGUCAUCUUAGAUGAGCAGUUUUCCGCUGAUGAGCGUUCUAGCAUCAAGGUCAUCUCAGAAAGCCCCCGCUCUGGCAUCUCCUCUUUCUUUCAAAAGAAAAGCCUUGAAAGAAACUUUAGGCCUUCAGCCUUACCGAUCCCCACGUCUGAAUCUGAACCUGAAAUCGUAGAUGGAGAUCACUGUGAAGAUUCUGAUGCCGUCGCCGAGCACGAACCUCAUCAGCCGCGAUUUAAAGGUGCAGGGACGAAACCAGAGACUGAACCAGAAGACUGCCAACCUCCAAGCGUGCUUGUGGAAGACCUGACAACCUGCGAACGCUGCGGUAAAGAAGUGCUGGUCUGGGAAAUGCCUGAACACAACGACUUUCACUUUGCACUGGACCUCCAGAAUUCUCUGUCUUCAUCUAUUAAUUCAGCAGCCAACACUUCCAGUUCCACCACCUCUUUUUCCUCUAAUGCUUCUCCGGUUCCUCUCGGAGCAGGAGGCACAGCACAAUCAACCCGGGGCAAAACAAAGACAAGAGGCCCAACAGGGCCUGCUCCAAAAAGACAGAGAUCCCAAGGAGGAAGUAUGGGUACCUUGGAUUCAUUUUUCAAAAAGAACUGAUGACAUGAAUGUAUCCGACUACAGUAAAAACAGUAAUCUGGUUUCUAUUCUAACUGUACACAUGUAUCAAAAAGCCACCCAGCAUCACCAUUUUUAAAAAAUUUUUCAUUCAAAGCAAUCACUGCAGAGUAAAUAAAUUAUUUAUUCUGAACUAGGUUUUUGGUUUAUUAAGCUUAUUUUCUAAACUUGUAACAAUUAAAGGUGCUUCCAAUGCAUCAAAGCAGUACACUUCCUUGUGUUUUAAUACUGUCACAUACAAUAAAAGCAGAAACCUGUUUAACUUGGAAAAGUUAUUACAUUUUUAAAGCAAUUAAAAUUGAAACGUAAAUGAAACUGCUGGUAAGGUAUUCAGACGGUAUAUAAGCCAGAGUGCAAGCCAAACUAAUCAGGCCUGUACAGAAGGCUUGUUAUUAGUGAUAAGAGCUGCAAAUGCAACCUGCUGUUAUGACUUGCUUUUAGCCACAACAUUCACUAGAACACCACUUAACCUCUCAUCUGUUAACUUUUAGAAAAUAACAUUUUUAUUGGAGGUCGUAGUCCUUUUAAAGCCAAGUACAAUUGUGAAAUAUGUAAGCUAAAUGUGAACUCGAUUUGUGUUUUUAUGCAAUGUACAACUGAAAUCUUUAAUAGGAAAUAUUUCCUUAACAUUUAGCCGCCCAGAAAGAAAUGAUUAUAAGCUAAACGCACACUGGAGGGUGAGGAAACACAGAGAGGAGGCCCACUCAAAGACCUGGAGGAUUCAAUAUGAACAGACUUCCUGGAAAGAUAACAAAAAGGCAUUUCUAUAGAUCUGAAUUACAAAAAUGACUAUUUAAUGUAGAAUUUUAAAACUGUUAAGCCUCUAGAAAAAGGAAAUGCACAACAAAAAUCUGAGUCAUCCUUCUAACGUUCUUCAGUUGUAACAUUUUCCUCUAGUUAGUUUACAAACAUUUACGCGUCUUAAAUUUUGUUAGAUUGUAAUCACAAUAUGAGAAUUUUAUGUGAUAGACCAACUGAGCGGUGUAUAAUUAUGAAGUGAAAAGAAAAUUGACAAAUAUUUGUAUUCAAACUUCUUUGAAUUAUGAAUAUCAUGUCCAUCCAUCCCAUCAUCUAUGACCAGUUUCCCCAUCCCAGCUGAAGAAAAGCGUUCCAACAUGUUUCACCAUGGGAACAGAUUUGUCUUACAUUUAUUCUGAAAACCAAAUAUCCUUUCACUUUUACUUUGAAAAUAUGUACAACUCAAUGAAUACCUUUGCAGGAAACCACAAAACAAUACAUUCAAAUUUUAUGUUUGUAGUGUAAAAAAAAAAGAAAAAAAGAAAAUGAUCAAGUGGUGAGAUUUUUACAAGUCACCCUAAAUAAUGUACAGCUCCUGAGGAAUUUUAUCAAAAAGUUGCCUGCAAUUCACAUUUCCAAGAACUCGUAGAUUUAUAAAAGACAUAAACAAAGCUUAUGGUGUAUGAUGACAACUGAAAAGGAGAAAACGUUAGCUCUAAUUAAAGAAAAAAACCACAUUCAGGAGGUAAUAUAGGUUUUAUUUAUGAACACAGAACAAAUUGGAUCUGUACAUAAAAAUUGCAUUUCACCCAUACAAUUAUCAAAAUAUUUUAAACUUGAUUAAAAGAAAAACAGAUCUUGCACUUAAUUUUAAGAGAGAGAGAAAAAAAGUGCCAUGUUAGAAACUGUUAAAAACGGUAAAAUCUCAAACUACUUAGAAAUCUAAAAUAUCCAAACUGUAAUCCAUUAAAACAAACUGGAACCUGAACUCUUUAUUAAAUGCUAUAAAUGAUUUGGUUGAACUUUAUUAAGUUUUCUCGAUUUUGCAGGUAGGCUGUACAUUAAAAACGUGGGUGCUACGGAACAAAAACGCGAGUAGAAAUAUCAGGAACCUGUUUCCAGCAGUAGCACCAACCGAAGCGUGUUUGUCCCUCAGCUGCAAAACUUUGGGAUGUGAUGGAAGUCUACUCUGGCAGUAGCUCCACUAGGCACUGUGUUUGAAUCCCUUCCAAGUAGUAUGUGACAUCAGUAACUUAAAGAGAUGACAUCAAGUACCUCGAAUAUCAAUGCGUUGAAAGAAAGUUGCAUCAGAAGCCAUUUUGACACACUAAUAAACAAAACACAAAUCUUUGUGAAAAAAAAAA